UUUUUUUUUUCUUUUUUUUUCCUUUUUGGCAGUUUGGGAAAUUAUGCAUCACUUCAUGGACAAAUAUACUGUAAACCUCACUUUAAACAACUUUUUAAAUCAAAAGGGAAUUAUGAUGAAGGUUUUGGACACAAACAGCAUAAAGAUCGAUGGAACUGCAAAAAUCAAAACAGCUUAGUGGACUUUAUUCCCAAUGCAGACCCAAAUGUGCACAAAAACACUGCAACAGAUCCCCCAUUACUUGGAGAUCUUACUAAACAUUUGGAUGUUGAUGACAUGGAGUGGCAAAAAGAUGACUUGAGAAAAUUGAGGGAGAGAGGAAAGUUAAAAAUCACUUGGCCUCCUUGCAAGGAGAUGCCAAAGAAAAACUUCCUCCUGGAGGAAGAACUCAAAAUGAAUAAACCUAAAUGGCCACCUGAAGUGGCAAGCCCUAUAUCCUCUGAAUUUAAAAGUAAACUGCUGAUAGAACAGGUUGAAACUCCAGAAAAUAAAGGACAAGAACAAGAUAACCUUUCUUUCCUACAGCCAUAUCUUCAGUCUACCCAUGUGUGUCAGAAAGAGGAUGUUACAGGUAUCAAAGAAAUGAAAAUGUAUGAAUCAAGAAAAGAUGAGAAAAAGGAAGGAAAUAAGAAUGUGCAAGAUAAGCUGAAUGAGGCUGAAGAUGUAAAAAGUAAGAGAAGAAGUGAAGUGGAUCUUAAUGACAGCGAUAUGGUUGUGCAGAGUGAUGAAAAGGAGAAAAAUGAAAAAAAUUGUGAACCUGAUGAUGCAGAAGUUUCACAGGUUACUAACACUGAUGAGCAAGUGGUGCAAGGAAAUCAUAAAGAGAAUUUGAAUAAGAAUAAUAAUAACAAUUAUAUAGCAGUUUCAUAUCUGAAUAAUUGCAGGCAGAAGACAUCUAUUUUAGAAUUUCCUCAUCUAUUACCACUGUCAAGUGAAGUAAACUACACUGGGCGCAAAUACCAAAUUAAAAAGCUAGAGAACACAUCUAGAAUCUCAGAGUUGCUUGGUAUAUUUGAAUCUGAAAAAACAUAUCCAACGAAUCGACUGGCUAUGGUUCUGGACAAAGAGGCUGACAGAGCAACCGCUGGCGGUCCUGUGCAGUCGGCUCCAGACCCAGCCCUCCAGGGGGAGUUAAUAGUAAUGGGGGAAAACUCCACAGUCCCUUCUGAAGAAAAUCUCUUCAACAUUAAAGGAAACCAUUCGAUUAACAAAAAUUUACGCUUUUUCUUUUCUAACACUGUGAAAAUCACUGCUUUUUCCAAGAAAAAUGAGGACAUUUUUGAGUGUGAUUUAAUCAAUUCUGUAAAUCAACUUAAAAAUAUGCCUUGUUUAUAUUUAAGACAACUUGGAAAGGACAUCAAACACUGGUGCAGUGAAACAACAGGAGCAUCCCACAGUGAAGGAAACACAGGUUUGGGUGCUCUGAGUCAUGAAUAUGCAGCUCAGUCUUCCUUUCCCAGUAUGGGGGGCCAGGCUGAACAACUGACUGUGGAAGAACAGAUUAAAAGGAACAGGAGCUACAGUGACCCUGAGUGAAACAUAUGGCCACUUGCAGACACAUGCAGGCACUGGAGAGAUACUAAUGCUCUGAAAUAAGACUUUAGGUACUUUGAUAAUCUUUUGUUGAAGUUGACAUAAAUCUAAUGUUCAAAAAUCUCAUGUCUUUCACAAUGAAAUAUUUCUCGUAUUUCACUGCAUAAUUCUUUUUCAUAAUUCAUUUGAAUCUAUGUUUGUCCCGAAUAGAAUGAAGAAGUGAAACAACAUGACUAUGUUCUCCUCUCAAGUGGCACUUACCUGUGUUAUUCUCAUUUUCUAUUUAACAUCAUGGGUGAGAGUCUAUGCUUCUGAGAUUUAUCACAAUUCUUAUACCUUCUCUAUAAUUCCUGCUUCAAUAAAAUUGAAUUGUCUGUGGUGCAAACAAAUAUUCUUCUCUGAUAUUUUUCCAUGCUAUGCCUUGUCAUAAUAAGUAUUAGGUUUUCAACAUUUAAAAAAUAUUUCUCUUGGGGCAAGUAUUUACCUUCCCACACACACAUGCACACAUGCAAAAAUUAAAUGAAAAAGUGAAAUAGUAAACCAAAGCCACGGCACUGGUAUGAAAUGCAAAGCGCUCACACUCAUUUUUUGCUCUGUGUUUUAAAGAGAUGAGGGUUAUUAUGAGUCUUUCAGCAAUUACCUAUAUUAAGCUAUCAUGGGCUAUGUCUAUAAAUAUUUAAUAAAAAU